CGGCUGUUGGGUGGGCGGAGCUGCGGCGGCGGCGUAGGGUUGGCAGGCAUGUUGGCGCUCUAAUCGCCGCAGCUGGUCGGCGUGAGGGGUUCCAGGGCUCUGGGCAGGGAAGAUGGCGUCUCGGGCAGGCCCGCGAGCGGCCGGCACCGACGGCAGCGACUUUCAGCACCGGGAGCGCGUCGCCACGCACUACCAGAUGAGCCUCCAGGCAGGAACUAUACCUCAUUCACGUCUGUUUCCCAGUGUCCAGUAUAGUUGCCUGACGUAGAGUUGGUGGUCAGAAAAUUUUGAAUGAAAGGUACUUCUCCCUCUGCUCUGCCCCACAGUGUGACCCUCAAGUAUGAACUCAAGAAGCUGAUCUACGUGCAUCUGGUCAUAUGGCUGCUGCUGGUUGCCAAGAUGAGCGUGGGGCACCUGAGGCUCUUGUCGCACGAUCAGGUGGCCAUGCCCUAUCAGUGGGAGUACCCCUAUUUGCUGAGCAUUGUGCCCUCCCUCUUGGGCCUCCUCUCCUUCCCCCGCAACAACAUUAGCUACCUGGUGCUCUCCAUGAUCAGCAUGGGGCUCUUUUCCAUCGCUCCCCUCAUAUAUGGCAGCAUGGAGAUGUUCCCUGCUGCACAGCAGCUCUACCGCCAUGGCAAGGCCUACCGCUUCCUCUUUGGUUUCUCUGCCGUCUCCGUCAUGUAUCUGGUGUUGGUGCUGGUGGUCCAAGUGCAUGCCUGGCAGUUAUACUACAGCAAGAAGCUCCUAGACUCUUGGUUCACCAGCACACAGGAGAAGAAGCGUAAAUGAAGCCUGCUUGAUGAACUACUGUGUGAGGUGAAGCCUGGGCCUCCCAUCCAGUGGAGUGAGAGGGUAGAGGAGCUGUUCUAAAACCUCCUUCGGUGAUUUUGGCAGCUGCGAUGUUGGCAACUAGUGCAAACUAGGCCCAAGUUCUGCAAAGCCCCUUCUGUUGCAAUCAGCUGGUAGCAAAACUAUGUUUAAUUUACUCCUGGUUGGUGGAACUGGGUGAUCAGCAGCUGUGAAACUAAUUUCAGCUGGUUGAAGUUGAGAUCCUUCUGAGUUUUUCAUCCUUGCCUCUUGGUCAUUGUCUCCGCUUCCAUCCAUCACCCCUUAGCCACCGAGACUGAAGGAGAUAGGGAAUAAAUCACAUUCUACUUCAAUCUAUUGAGUCAUGGGGCAGGAAACAUUUGAGAGGCUGCUCCCCUUGCAGGCUGUGGUCUCUGCUGUGAAGCGUUUUAAUUAAAAAACCUCAAUAAAGUUACAACUGCCUUGUC